CCGUAACCAUGUCCCUGGCGGCCUCGGCGGGCGGGGGGUCGGGGUCCGUGUGGUCCCCAACGCAUGUGCAGGUGACGGUGCUGCAGGCGCGGGGCCUGCGGGCCAAGGGCCCCGGGGGCACGAGCGACGCGUACGCGGUGAUCCAGGUGGGCAAGGAGAAGUACGCCACCUCGGUGUCGGAGCGCAGCCUGGGCGCGCCAGUGUGGCGGGAGGAGGCCACCUUCGAACUGCCGCCGCUGCUGUCCGCCGGGGCCGCGCCCGCGGCCGCCGCCACCUUGCAGCUCACCGUGUUGCACCGCGCGCUGCUCGGCCUCGACAAGUUCCUGGGCCGGGCCGAGGUGGACCUGCGGGAGCUGCACCGGGACCAGGGACGCAGGAAAACCCAGUGGUAUACCUUGAAAUCCAAACCCGGAAAGAAGGAUAAAGAGCGAGGAGCAAUUGAGGUUGACAUCCAGUUUAUGAGAAACAACAUGACAGCUAGCAUGUUUGACCUCUCCAUGAAAGACAAGUCUCGGAAUCCAUUUGGGAAACUGAAGGACAAGAUCAAGGGGAAGCAUAAGGAUAGCGCGUCGGAUACCGCCUCAGCCAUCAUUCCCAGUGUGACACCCUCCGCUGACAGUGAUGAUGAGUCUCCUUCCAAAGACAAGAAAAAGAAAUCGAAGAUCAAGACCCUGUUUUCCAAGUCGAAUUUGCAGAAAACGCCACUUUCCCAGUCCAUGUCCGUCCUGCCUACGUCAAAGUCAGACCGAGUGCUGCUUCGUCCUGGAGACUUUGAGUCCCGGUGGGAGGAUGAGGACAAUGAGGAUGACUCCCCCUCUGCCUCGGAUGUCAUGUCUCACAAGAGAACAGGCAGUGCGGAUGCUAAGCAGCUGAACCAGAUCAAUUUCAGCCUUCCCAAGAAGGAAGGACUCUCCUUUCUCGGCGGCCUUCGGUCUAAGAAUGACAUCCUUUCUCGUUCUAAUGUCUGUAUCAACGGGAACCAUGUUUACAUGGAGCAGCCGGAAGCCAAGAGCGAGACCAAGGACAGCACCCCCUCCUCCUCCCCGUCCCCCCAGGGCUUCAGGAAGAAGCAUUUGUUCUCCUCCACUGAGAACCUGGCUCCUCGGUCUUGGAAGGAGCCUGGGGAUGGAGGGGCGGUGUCUUCCGACCGGUGGUUCUCUGAGUCUUCCACCAAGGACUCUCUGAAAACCAUGUCUCUGCCGUCCUACCGGCCGCAGGGCAGUGGGGAUAUUCGGGAGAGCGCGGCUCCCGUGAGCUUAGAAGCCACAAAAGAAACCAAAGAGAGCAAGAAGCAGGAGAACAAGAAGUCCUCGUUGCUUUCUCUGGUGACCGGAAAGAAGGACGUGGCAAAGGGCAGUGAGGGCGGAAGUCCGCCUACUGUCCUGGGGAAGGAGAAGGAAGGCGCGCCGCUGCCGGAGGUCCGACCAAGGGAUGACCGGCCGGGGCCUGUCGAAGGCUUACCGAAGAGAACUGAGAAGGACACUCUGGCUGUCGUCUCUGGACGGGGUAAAUCCCUGAAUCCCUUUGAGGAAGUGCAGGUCACAGAACCGGAAGCCGACCGAGAGCCCAAGUCGGAAGCUGCACCACCCGUGGGCUCUGCACGGGCUCCGCAGACCAAAGCCGUCAAGCCUCGACUGGACGUGUCUCCAGAGGCUCAACCCACAACCAGGCUUUCUUCUUCCCCUGACUCUCCUGUCUUCUUUUCUGCUCUUCUUUCCAGUUCUGGCCAGACACCUGUCCCUUCUAAAUUGGGGCAUGGUGCAGAGACACCGUCCUCUGAAUCUCCCUCUGUCUUCUCUUUCUCAUCUCCCAUAGUGGCUCCCAUUUCCACAUCCACGCCGGUUGAGAACUGGCCUUCCACAGACAAGGGCCAGGCCAGUCCGGAAGAACCAUCUUUGCCCCUUAAGGCAGAAUUGCCAAGGGAGAGUUUAAUACAAGUUCCAAAGACCAUUUCUGGUGUCUCGGGGUCACUUUCCAGAAAGCUACCCACUCCAGCAUGUAAAGGGACGGAAGAUUCUCCCAUGAGGAAGACCAGUGAGAUAGGCCCAGACAGCACUGUUGGUAACGACUCAGAAAAGUCUCUUGUGAAGCAGUCUGAAAUGGGGCACCAGGAAGAAAUUCUGGGGUUUCCUGCCUCAGAACGAGACUCUGUCCCUUCAUCCCAAAAGGCCCAAGAAGUAACAUUCAGCCUUUCACUCCAAAGUGGCCAGAUUGAAACCCCAGUGGGGAAGCAUCUGAUGAGGGCAAGCACAGACUCAGAGAGUCCGUCUGUGUCCUUUGGGGAGACCAGCCUUCAGGAAGACAGCAUGACUUCUGCAAUGACGGAAGCGGUGCCCCCUUUUCAGAUGGGAGAAUCUGCUCCCCCUCUGGGGUCCGUGAUGCGGAGACACGAAGAGAAUGUGGGUGAGAGCCGAAAGAAAAUCAGGAAGCACGUGUCAUUUUCUGAGCAGCUCUUUACACAAGAGGAGGUAGAGCAGGCCGCCCGGUCAGUGGAAGAGGACAGAAGGCAUCCCCAGGAGCUGACACACGAGGGAGCCGCCGCUGGAAAUGCGUCAGACGGGGAGUCUGCUGAGGCCGCAGAGAGGGAAGCUGUGUCCCCAGCAGCGCAGUGUGGUGCGGCAGCUUCCAUGGCAGGCCCCCUUCCCGGCCCAUCUUGCGAGGAGAAGGGCUCAGAAGCCCCCAUGAGUGAAGCAGGCUCAGAGAAAGACAUUCCGCUCUUGAGGAUUGAGCCAGAAGAUACACUCAUGGCCCCAAAUCAGAGCAAAGCCAGUGAUCACGAAGGUUUAUUGUCCGAGCCCCUGAGUGGCCUUCACUCUACCCCAGGGGUUAACUCUCCAGUCGUGGCUGAUCUGGGCUUAACCCUUCCUUCCAUUCCUGAAGUGGCAUCAGAUGAUGAGAGAGUGGAUCAGGUUGAAGACAAUGGAGAGACAGCCCAGGUGGCAGCCCCAGAAGGAGGACCUUCCUCCUUGAGCCUGUCCCCUGCCCGUCCUGAGAUGGAAAAGGGGCCGAGGGGCGAGGCAGAUGGCUGGGCGGCGCCUGCAGAGGGUCCACAUGACCCCGGGUCAAAAGCACCCAAAACAUCCGCGGCAGCCUCUCCAGAGCCAAUGGCCGCUUCAGGAAUUCAUAAGCCAGAUCUUGGCAAGAGCUCAUGGUCGGAUGAACAGCUGCCACGUCCUGGCGGCGGCGAGAGGGAAAAGCUGAUGGGAAAUGGGAGGCCAAGCCCGCCUCCUGAUCCAGCCCUGGAUUCUCCUGUAGCCAGUCCCUCCUUUUCUGAGAACUUUCCUGUUACACGCUCUUUCCCUGGCUACCCACACGCUGACACUCACCACACCAGUACAGCAGAAUCUCAAAAAAAGGCCACAGCAGAGGGUCCCUCUGGUAAAGUGGAAAGUUCUGGCAAGAGGAAGCCGCUUCUUCAGGCCUGGGUCUCACCCUCAGAGACACUUCCUAUCUCAGCUCAGCCGAGCUCGGGAACGGGGUCAGCCAAGCACAGACUUCACCCUGUGAAGCCAAUGAACACAACAGCCACCAAGAUUGCCGGCUCCAGCUUGGGCACCGCCACCAUCAUCAGCGAGAACUUGAUCAGUGAAACUGCGAUGAAGAAAUACAACCCCUCGGACCCCGCCUUUGCGUACGCACAGCUGACCCAUGAUGAGCUGAUCCAGUUGGUCCUCAAGCAGAAGGAGACGAUAAGCAAGAAGGAGUUUCAGGUCCGAGAGCUGGAAGACUACAUUGACAACCUGCUCGUCAGGGUCAUGGAGGAAACCCCCAACAUCCUCCGCGUCCCGGCUCAGGUUGGCAAAAAGGCAGGAAAGAUGUGACUCGUCAGCCUAGGAGACCCAGACUGUUCUGUGAGUUCGUUUCCACCGGCUCCUGAGGUCAAGGACCCCGUAGGCCUGAUAACCAGCACACAGGCUCGAAGUCACCAGCCGCCUCCCUUGCCUGUUAUCUGGCAAGAGUCAGUUCCAGCAACUGAAGCCAGGUUAAUUAUUACAAUGAAUCUUCUACUGUACAUUCCCAGGGUUUUAUUUUUAAAUGCCACUGUGCCUUUAACUAUCUUGUAAAUAUUUUAUGCUGUGACCGGAGACGUGGUCCUAAGAUCUGCUCCUGGCCCAGAGCUUCGGGUGGCGCUGGGUGAUUCAUGCAUCUAACACUGGGAUUUUCUCUCUUCGAUAUUGACAUUUAAAAAUACAUACCCCCCGCUGCCACCUUGCCCCGUCAGUGAAGUGUGGGGUGAAAUGAGAAGGACCAGGCACGUGCUUGCUUGGCUUUUGAGAGUAGCUCAGGGUGGCGUUUGGCUGGAGGUGCUAAGUUUUGAUACCGUGUAAACCUCCCGGGCUUCUUGGACUUGGUCUUACUGAUUUGACCGAAGCGGGGGAGGUGAACGAAAGCCUUGUGAGUGUGCCUUGCUAGAUUUUGGAGCAAGCUGCCUUUUCUAAAUGCCACAACUCUUCAGCCUUACGGUAUGCUCCUGAUCAGUGCAUAGGGCCCACCUGUGAAGACGGGAGAGGCAGAACAGGGAGUUUGUCACUUCACACUCGUUUAA